AUGUCUUCCCCGUCGGCGCCACCAGAAGAAGAGGGCGACAAUAUCAUCAGAAGUCCGGUUGGUUUUUAUAUUUUUUUAACUGAUUUUUUUAAAAAUUAUUUUUGCGUAUUUUUUUGUGAAAAAUGUUGGAUUUUUUUCCGAUUUUCUAGUGCAAAAAUAUUGUUCAAGAGUCCGAGAAAAAGCAAGAUUUUUUUGUGGGAAAUUUUUCCGAAAAAAAUGCAAUUUUUUUACUUUACUAUUCGAUUUUUUUUGAAUAUUCAAAUAAUUUUUUUAACCCUGUUUUAGAACAAUUUUUGCGACAAAAAAACUCAAAAAUCAAAUUUUUUUCGAGGGAAAGUUAGAUUUUCCGAUUUUUCAAAGUCACAUUCUGAAGUUCCAAUUUAAAAAACUGUUUCAAAUUGUUCAGAAACAACCUUUUCGUGAAUUUCAUCGAUUAAGGCAGUUUUAACUUUUUUUUUUCCAAUAAUUUUAUAUUUUUCAAGUUUUUAAGAUUCUCUGCGAAGAAGCUUCAAAAAUCUUUUUUUUCUGAAAAAGUAGGAGUUUUCGACUUUUUAGAAUUUAAGUUUGAAGUUGUAGAGCAAAAAUAUUGGUUCAAACGGUUCAGAGACAAGUUUUUUUAUUUUAAAAUUUGCUGGACAAAAAAAUCGGUUUCAACUUCAAUAUUGAUUUUUCAUUAAUAACUUUGCCGUUUCAAAGAUCUUCUAAAAAUGAAUAAAGUUUUUUUCAACUUAAUAAAGGAACAACGAUUUGAAAUUUUGUUAAUUUAAUUUUUUUGUAAUAAGGACAUUAAAGACGCGUGAAAAUUUUAGUGGUCACUUAAGAGGUUACUAAUUUUAGCCACUUAAGAAGUCACUUUUUGACUACUAUAGUCAAUCAUCGAAACCCUAAAGUGCCCACUAAGCAUCAUAAAAACUGAAAACCCGAAAAAAUGAGAGAAAAAUGAAAAUUCGAAUAAUUUCCCGCCGAAAAAGGUACAAAGUUCUAGUAAAUUGCCUUUCACGUGGGGAUUUUCUACGCGCUUCGCUGCCCACCGGAUUUUCUGCCCAAAUUUCAUGACGAUUAUUUUUGAAAUGCGAUUUUCGAUUUGAUUCCAAUUUGAUUCAUAUUUAAUUAUGGGAAUCUAUAAUCUGACCAAUUUUGAGGCCAUUUGAAAGGGAAUUUCGGGCCAAACAUGCUUUGAAACUCGAUUUUUUUCGGCUUUGAUUCUGUUCUUAUUUUCGGUCAUAGGUUCAUUUAGUUUAAGAAAAAAAAUGCUGAAAUCUAUUUUGCUUCGAAAAAUUUCACUUGAUUCUAGGCAGGAAAAAAAUUUGUUUUUUUAACUAAAAAUUUAUUUAUUUUUUUGUCAGAAAAAAAUCUAAAAUUUUUUAAAAAAAAUUCGGCAAUUAUGAAUUUUUUUCGGAGAGAAAUAACGCCAAAUAUUUAUUUGAGUGAGAGAAUUUUCGUAUUGAAUAUUUCAAAAUGAUAGUUUCCAAACUUAGGAAUCCCAGAGUGGUCCCUAAAGGGGUUAGGGGGAAACAAACCCUGUAGGGGUCGAAAAAGUGGUCCCGAUAGGGUUUAAAGUAUGAUCUCUUGGCCCUAAAGCUUAAGCGAACCCUGUAGGGGUCUUCCGAUUUCAUUCAGUUUUUCCGAUGGAUAUGCUUCUUCGCUUACUAGUCGGAGUUAGCAUGUCCCCUAUAGGAACCACUUUUUUAACCUUAAGUGGUCCCUAGAGGGGACCCACCGAGAGCCCCUGAGGUUGCUCCUAUAGGGACCACCCUGGAGUCAGCAAGGAAGUAACUUAAACUUCAAAAAUAAAUAAUUUUCCGAAAUCUCCAAAUCUCUUUCUGUUUGUCCGAUUCGAAAAGUUGAAACGUCUCAAGUUUUGUAUGUUCAAUUGUUUUUUUACGAUGCCAACUAACGCGUUUUGCGAUUAUUUGCCCAACGCGACUUUUUUCAAAAGUCGUUUCAAGUGUUCAACAUCUCUUUCCAUGAGACGUUUUGCAUUGAACCCGUUCGUUUUCAUCUUUUAUUUUUUGGAAAUUGUGGAGUUUCUCAAGAAAAAUUUAUUGAGUUAGGAACGCCAGAGGGGUUAAGAAAAAAAAAAGCCCCUAUAGGGGCAAAAAUAGGGCUACCUAGAAGUCCUUUAGUGGGCUAUUAGAGAGUUAAAUUUAAGUGGUCCCUAUAGGGGUUCAGGGUGGGACAUCUAAGACCCUGAAGCUUAAGUGAUCCCUACUGUAUUAGAAUGUUUUAAAAACGUAUAAAUCUACUAAGGACCAAAUGAGGUCCUUGAAAAAAAUUUUUUAGAAUUCCGAAAAAAAAUCCUUUUUUCUUUUUCUGGCAUUAUUAUUAUAAUCCGUGGCUCAUGAAUCAAGUUUUUUCACCCUUUGUCCUAUAAUUUCGUACCGAAAUUCGCUAAAUUUCCAUCAAUAAAAUCAAUAAAUAAAGGCGAUAUGUUUUACGAUCCAUGGGCGGUGCCGACAAGGUGGAAACGCAAAAAAAUCCGGUGAGGAUCGGGGGUUUUUUGGCGGAAAAAAAGGCCAUUUUUUUGAAAAAAAUUUAGAGGGUAGUUCCUGAUGGAAUUAAAUUAAAAAUUCCGUGUUUUUUUAAGUUUAUAAAUUCUGGUUAUUGAAUUUAGAUCGUUUGAAACAUGGAUUUUGAUAAUGAGAAAUAGAAAAUUGAAUUUCGGACGUAGGACUUGGAAUAUUUCGAAAUAUUGAAAGCUAUUUUGGGGUAAAAUAUCACGAUUUUUUUUGGAAAUUCGAAGGCCCAACUUUUUUUCUGCUUUCUAGUAUUGCUAAAAAAACCAAAAAAAUUAGAAGUUAGUUCAUUUUUUUCUUGUCCUCAGGUGUGGAAAAGUUCUUCAAAAUCGUCUUUAAAGGCUCUUUUUUGAGUUUUCUGUAUAUAAUAGGGACAUAAGAAUCAAGAUAGAAAUCAGAAAAAAAUGCAAUAAAAAAACGGUCGAAAAAAAUAAUUUUUUUCUUUUUUUGCGGGUACUCUGUUUUUUUCGAAUACCCAUACUUUUCUGUUUCUAAAGAGGAAUAAAGUAUUUGGAAGAUCUCGUUCUUUCAAUAAGACGAACGAAAGAAUGUCUUACUUUUUUUCAAGUAAAAAAAUAAAUUUUUUUAAUAUUUUUUUUAGAAAAACUUAAAAAGGGUUCUUUUUCUCAAGAAGUUCUGUUUCACAAAAAAAUUUUACUUUCCAUUUCCAAGAGGAAAUAAUUUUUUUGGAAAGUCUUGAUAAAGAAAAUGUAAGGAUCUUCCAUUCGUUUCGGCGAUUGUCGGCGGCUUAUUCCCGGGAAGGGCGAUCGUCGUCAGUGGAAUGGUCCUUCCGCCGUUCGCCAGCGACGCCAAAAGGUACAGUCGCUCAGGAACGCCAGAGUGGACCCUGAAGGGGUUAGGGAAAAAAUGAGCUUUUGCGAGGGAUCAAAUAGUACCCCCUAUAGGGCUGAAAUUUAGGUAAUCCCUAUAGGAGCUUAAUGUCUGACCUCGAAAUCCCUAAAGUUCAAGUGGUCCCUAUAGGGGACAAAGUAUUGAAGACGUUUAGAGUCUGAUUCUCAAGCUCUCGAACUUCAAGUGGUCCCUAAAGUGGUCUUAUUAUUCCAAAGUUAAACGGACGUAUAGGGACCGCUAGCACGCUCCCCUCGAGUGGCCACUUUUACAAGCUUUAGGUGCCCCUAUAGGGGACAAGAUAGUGGAGGAGUUUGAAGUCUGACACUAGGCUCCUGAAGCUCAAGUGGUCCCUAUAGUGGUCUUAUGAAUCAGAAGUAAAAAAAGACGUUUUGGAUCCACCAACAUGCUUCCCUAGAGUGGCCACUUUUACAAGCUUUGUGGUCCCUAUAGGGGAAAAGUGGGGGAGAAAUUGAAAUUCUGAUUCUCAAGCUCGCAAACUUCAAGUGGUCCCUAUAGUGGUCUCAUGAAUCCAAAGUUCAACGGACGUAUAGGGACCCCUAGCAUGCUUCCCUGGAGUGGCCACUUUUACAAGCUUUAGUGGCCCCUAUUGGGGACAAAAUAGUGAAAGAGUCUGGCACUAGGCCCCUGAAGCUUAAGUGGUCCCUAAAGGGGUUUCAUGAUUUGGAAGUUUAAAGCUAGCUAAAGUGACCACUCCAGGGAAACACGAUAGUGGUCAUUUUACGUUUUUUUAUGACCUCUUUAAGAAGAGGAAAGCGGUCCCUAGAGGGGAGCCUUCAAGGAGCCAUUAUAGGGAUUUCUCUAGCGUUUGAUUUUUACCACCUUUUUCAAGGGAGUUUUUGAGAUUCAACAUCGAUUUAUGCUGUGGAUUAUUGAUCGAUGGAGAUCACAUGGACAAUAAAGCGUUGCAUAUAAAUCCCAGGUUCGACUCCGGUGGCGGAUGGUGAGUUUUGCUCUUUUUCUGAAGGAAGAAACGAAUAAAUAAGAUAUCAAAAAGCUUUUUGAAAGUUGAUUUUUUAUUAUUUUGACAAAUAAUCAUUUUUUCAACGGAAAAAGCGACAUUUCAUCUGAUUGAAAAACUCUCCUUCUUGGCUUAAAAUCAUUUAUCCUUAGAAAAAACGGAAUUCUUUCCCUUUGAGGUUCUCGUCGGCCCCUGACCGAAUGUUCGUCCUGAACACCUAUGUUUCCGGAAGUUGGGGAGCCGAGGAACGUUUCCCGAACCCUUUUGAGGAAGGAAAACCCUUCCAGAUCCGGAUUCUCGUCUGCGAGAACUAUUUUAAGGUGGGAUUUUCCGGAAAAAUCCGAUUUUUGAGCGUUUUUCCAAGCCUAAUCGUUUUAUAAUGGGCAUAGGUGAUUGAAAUCUAGAGAAUCAAAGCAAAAAACUGUUCAAAAUCACGAUUUCUUUCUUCAAGACCUUUUUUUAGGCUGAGUUUCAUUAGGAAAAUGGCUCAAGAUUCCAGUUUUGAACGUUAAAAAAGGAAAAAUUCAGGGAUUUCUCAAAAAAGUGACAGUUUUUUUCAAGUUUUCAAUAAACUACUAAUAAUGAAUAGUUUUUCCUUUUCAAAUUUGGAAUGAAAAAGAAAAAAAGAGAAGAUGACUCUGAAAUUUCAGAUCUCAGCCAAUGGAAAGCACGUUUGCGACUAUCCCCACCGAGUUCGAGUCGACCAGGUUUUUUUCUUGAUUAAAAAUAAAAAGAUUUUUUUCAAAAAGUUGUAGUAGAAUUUAUUGAAGUAAUCGUGUAAGAGAAGGUUUUAAAAUCCGGAAUUUAAAAAAAUUGCGUUUUUUUAGCAGUCAGAGUUUGCACCAGAAACUUUAGAAGCAAUUUUUUUGAUUUUUCAGAAGUUAAAGUUGAAUAUUCUGGAGUAAUUGACUGAAAAAAAUGUUGUGUUUUAGGAGUUCAGUAUGAACAAAGAUUUUUAGAAGCAGAUUAUUAAAAACAUUUUCUCAAAAAUUCUGCAUAAAAAAAGGCUGAAAAUUAUAAAAUUAGAAAAAAAUAUUUAGGAGGUAAAAAGUGAAGUCAUUUUACUUUUUGCUACCUGCGCAAACUUCUAGUUUUUUUGCGAUAUGACUUUUUCAAAGUUGCGAAAACCGGGUUUUUAGACCUAAAUUUUUUUUCUUUUUACAUAAUUAAUCAUCUUAAAAAAACUAGAAAUUGGCGCGGGUUGCCACUUUGAUAGAUCUUUAUAUAAACUUUCACAUAUUGUUUAAAAAAAUUUCUAAAAAAAUUCCAAUCUGCGUAGUAAAAUGACUUACGAUGUGUUAGAAGAGAAAUUUUAUUUUUUGAUUUCUUCAUUUAAAAAAAAAUGGAUCAUUUUCAGAUAAAAACCAUGACAAUCAAGGGAAACGUUCGAGUUGACUACGUCGAAUUUCAACCGCCGGUGAGUGUAUUUUUCACUUUUUUGUGUUUUUUGUUCAAAUUACCAUUAUCCUGAAAAAAAUUAAUAAUUUUCUUGUUUUUCUUCGUCCUCCUCUGUCUCUGUCUGCGUGCUGGUUUUAUUUUCGAUGAAUUUUAAUUAAAGUUAAUAAGGUUGAAUCUAGAGUUAGAUUAAUUAAAGGAUAAUUAAUUAGAAAAAAAGGAAAAUGAAGCAGAAGCUUGAAAUUGAAGUCUUUUUUACCAAAAAUGCCAGCAGUUUGUUUAAUUUUGAGAAUUUACUCCAGAGUGGUCACUAGAGGGGCAACCUUAGGGCCCUUGGAUGCUCCCACUCUAGGGACCACUUAACCUAUCCCUACAGGGUCCACUAUUAUCGAUUGUUUUCAUGAACUGUAUGAGAAGGAGCAUUUCCAUUAAAAUAUGACAAAUAGAGGCCGCUUAAGCCUAUAGGGACCACUUGGGUUUUAUCCCUAUAGUUACCAUAUAGGGCUGUUUCCCCCUAACCCCUCUAGGGGCCACUUGAGCUUUAGGGGCUCAGGAGUCAGACCUUAGACACCUAUAGGGACCACUUCGAUUUUAUCCGAUAUGUUUCCAUAUAUGGGUUGUUUUCCCCUUAAGCACUGUAGGGACCGCUUAAAUUAUACCCUCCCCCCAUAUGGAAUACUUUUUUGUCUUCAAUACGAACUUUUCCCUCCUUAAUCACUGUAGGGACCACUUAAAUUUUACCCCCCCUAAUCACUAUAGGGACCACUCUGGCGUCCUGAAUGAGAUAUAGGAGAAAGCGACGCGAAAUUCAUGAAAUAGAAUAAUUUUGCUGUUUCCAAUUUUUACUGGUCAUCGAUAGAUUUUGUUUGAAAAAUCAGAAGCAUGACGUUUUUUUUUGGAUUUGAGUUGAUCAUAACUUUUCUUGUCAUGUGAAUAUUGACCUUGUAAGUGAGAAAUUCCAGGAAGAAGAAUGAUGGCCAAAGGUCGACGUUUUCAUCGCGGCGCUAAACAAAAAGAACUAAAUUCUCAAAUUUAUUCGCUUUUUUUGACUUUUAAGGCUCAAUUUUGUGUAGAAAUAUGUGAAUUUCCCGAUGCUUCUGCUCCAUUUUGCCCCUUUCCUUCGCCAGAUUUUGCCCUUUUUCCCAAUUUUUAGAGUUUUGGUGUAUAAAAAUGUUCAGAAAGUGUUUAGAAACAAAUUUACAGCUUUAUUUUUCGCAAAAACUAGACCUUAUUUUUGCCAACAGCCUUGCUUCUAUCUUUUUUUCAAUAAAAUUUUUCGAAAUUUCGGUUUUUUUUCAAUGAAACGAUCAUUGUUGGGCGCUUAUUUUUCCAAUUUCUGUUUUUUUAGCCGAAAAAUGACACUGAAAAUUUUUAGUGGCCACUUAAGGGUUUUGACGUUUUAGUGGCCUCUAUAGUAGUCGAAUCAAAGGACACUCAAGUGACCCCUUCAGAAGGCUAAGUGGUGCUAAUAAACCACAAAAAACUACUAUAGUGGCCACUAUGACGCAAAAUAGUCGAUUAAACCGUGCGGCAUUUGCUCACAAAGCCACGCCCCUUUUACUGUGCCUUCGCCGAAAUUUUUUUGCAUUUUAUUUCAAAUUUCGUUUUUCUGAUUUUCCACAAGAAGUGGUUUUAGUGGUCACUUUAGUGCCCUCUCCAAGUGGUCCUUGAGGAGCCUCUUAAAGGACCACUACAGUUUUUCACAGUUUGAAGCUUGAAAAAAUAAAAAAAACUGUAAUAACAUUUCAUUCCUUCAAAUUUACAACAAGAAAAUGGGUUUUAUAUGAAAAAAACCUUUUUCAGAUCAAAAGAGGUCCCGAUGGAAAGCCGAUGCUCGCGGAGCCCGUUGAGCGGAAAGAGCAAAUCACGAAAAUCGAUAGGCCGGUAGGUUCCAUGAAAAUUUAGCCGCGGUGAAAACUAAGCUCUGCUGAGAAGGUUGAAAAUCGAGAAAAAUUGAAGUUUUUUGCGCCAAUUGAAACUUAGCAGCCCCAGAGAGUGGCCCCUAGAGGGGCAAACUUAUGGAUUCUUAACGUUCCCCCUCUAGGGACCACUUCACUUCCACUUGAAGGGCACUGAAGCUCGCAAUUUUGAUUUCCAUAUCGUACUGAGGAUUUUUUAAGGGGUCUUUAUAGGGUUUCGUUGAUUUAGGGACCACUAUAGGGACAUUUUCGCGAUUCCUUUAAAGGUCAAAAGAUUAGGGGCCCCUAUAGUGCUUUCAGAGGAGGUCACUAAAGCCUUGAAGCUUUUGAAGUAUCGUAGGAAUCCAUAUUAGGGUGCCUUACAGACCCCCUAUCAAACUCCCUAUAGGGACCACUCCAAAGGUAUCCAGUGACAAAAAAAAAGUUAUAAGACCUCUAUAGGGACCACUUGAGCUUCAGAGGCUUACGGAUCAGAUUCUGAACCCCCACAUAGAGUUCAGCCCUCUACGGAGAAAUAUUUCGUCCAUUAUAGGGCCUUUUUUUUCGCCCUAAUCCCUCUAGGGACCACUCUGGCGCCCCUAAAAUUGGAUUUUUGAAAAAGUGUUUGCUUUUGUUCAUUUUAGUGAUCCUAAUAGUCGCUAUGAGUAUCUUCAACUUUCAAGGGGCCAUUCUAGGGGCCUAGCGGGCAGACCCUAAAUCCCUAAAAGGACCAUUUAAACUUUACCCCUCUAGGGAGCACUUUUUUGUCCCCUACAGGGGUUGUUUUUCGAUGAACCUUCUUAGGAACGCCAGAGCGGUUUCUAUAGUGGUUAGGGAGCCUGAGAGCCCGCUCUAGGGGAAGGUAAAGUGAUCCCUAGAGGGGAACCUACAAGAGCCCUUGAAGUUGCCCCUAUAGGGACCAAUUUUGUUUGUUUUUUUAGGGCUCUUCCCUUCUGAAUUUAGCCAUUUUAUUUUAAAUAGCUUUUGAAACGGUUAUAUGAGGAUCUUGUCGUGAAGUAGACUGUAGGAAUUCCCCCGAAAAUGAUUUAUCAAUUUAUCAGUUCCUCCGCUGUAACAUUUCGAAACGCUGACGUGCUUCUUCGCUCCGUUUCUUCCUUUUUUCUUCGUUCCUUUUCGCCUUGACCACAAUAUCUGCAUGCGUCAUCCUUGCGGAAUUCCUUCAGAACGAAGAUUUAUUGCCAUCGUCAAGGGUUGUCGAUGAAAUCGAGGCGAAGUCUGUCGGUUUUGGAGAGAAAUUGCAGUUUUUUUGAUAGAUGGUUACUGUAGAAGGGCUGGGUGCAGAGAAAACGAUGGGUCCAUAAAGAAAUCUUUAACUAAAAGUUUCAAAAACCUGUCUAGAUGUUGUGAAAUGAUGAGCUUGAAAAUAGCAGCUUGAAUUUUUGGGGCCGACAGGGAAAAUCAUUUUACUUUGCUCCUGGGAUUUUCCUGAAAACUGGCCAGACCUUUCCUUGAUGAAUCAGAAAAAGAUCCUGCUCGGACAUUGGUAACGCGAAACGGAAGUGCUCCGGACGUUUCUGGGCGAUUCUAGGGAUCCCUUAAGAGUUCUGAGGCUACUAAAGUGGUCACUAGAAAUGCCCCGGCACGUCCGAUUUGUGUCCCGUUCGUUACCAAGGUCUGUGUGAAAGUCUCAACUUGCAGAACUGUCUAGUUUCCGAGAAAUAAGACCCCAAAGCCAAAAAAAAGGCAUAUUUUUGAGGGUUUUCUUUCACUUUGAGGUGUCCUUUCUCGAAAACGAGGAAGUUUUGCUGGCUGAGACUUUCAGAUUAUUUUUCUGGUACACUGAAGAGUUUCAAUUUUUAGAAAACAGUGUGAAAUGACUUCUUAGAAACAUUUCAAAAGCCGGAAAAGUCCAUGGAAGUUGGAUAUUUGGACCUUCGGGGGGCUCAUUUUUUGGGUUUAGGUUCAUAAUUCUAAGCUCAUUUAUUUAGGAAUGCAGUUGGUUUUAUCACGAUAUAUGAAAAAUAAAAAAUUUUUUUUUGACACCUGGUUAUUUCUGAACUUCUUCCAAUUUAAAAAGGACAGCAGAAGGCUAAGAUUUCUGAGAAAAUCUUCAUGUCAUUGAAUUCUCAGACCCUUUUACCCUAGAAAACUAUUCAAAAACCUUUAAAAUACCCCUUUUCAUCGAUAAAUAUCAAUUUUUGAAGAAAGAGUUGUGGCCAGAUCUUCGAUAUAAAGCCUCUCAUUUCCUUCAAAAAACUGCUUCUGGUCUUCCUACGUCAAAAAGUCUGAAGAUCAUGCGGCGUCAUCUGAUGAAGCUGUCGUGGUACCGUAACCCUGAAGAAUUCGCUUUGAAAGUGUUCUUUGGGAAGAUUUUUUUUUUCCAUCAUUUCUAGCCGUUCUUAAUGGUUGGGUUAGAAUGGAAGAUUUUAAAAAUGGGAAAAAAUAGUUUGGAAUGAAGCCUACAAGAAAUCUGUUCAAAAAAUAUAUAACUUUCAAUCAUGGCCUUUUAUCGGGAUUUUUGAUUGAAAAAAAUUGGGUUUUUACUGGAUUUUAAGAUGCUCUUACAGUUUAAAAAUGAUCAGUUAGAAAAAAGGAAGCUUCUAAAAAAUUUCAAAAUGUUCUGAAAGGAUGGGAAAAUGAGUAAAAAAAUUUUUCCUACAACUUAUUUUCCAAUAAAUACCUUCUAAACCUAUUUUUUUAUGAAUUUUGAUCUUUUAUCGGGGUUUCGAUGAGAAAAAUUUGGUUUUUUUACUGAAAUUUAAGAUGCUUUUUCCCAUUGAAAAAAAUAUAUUUUAAAAAAUGAGCUUUAAAAAAAUUAAAAAAAUGUGUUGAAAAAGUAAGCAUCUCAUGAAUAAGCUUUUUAAAAAAAUUAUUAGCUCUAUAUUUUUUUAGAUUAUCCCCUUUUUCAUAGACUUUUCAAUAAGAAAAAAAUCGGUUUUUGUACUGAAUUUUGCAAUGAUUUUAUAUUUUUUUAAAAUUUCUAUUUUGAAAAAAUGGUUUUUUUAGGCAGAAAAAUAAAGGGUUUUAAAAAAACUGCUUGACCUGCAUGUUUUAAUCCAAUUAGAAAGCUUCUUUAUGAUAAAAAAAGGUGAAAAAUUUGUAAAAAAUAGAAUAUUCCAGUUUCUAGACAUAUUUUUUUAAAAAUUUGUAUGUUGCAUUUUUUUAAUAUGACAAGCAUAUUUAAAAAAAGCGACUUUUUGAGCCAUUCCCUCAUGCCAUAGCCAGGUUACUGUAGAAAUCUGCGUAUCUAAGAAUUAUGAAUUAUUUUCGGAGCAAGUGGUAUAUCAAUCAAUAGGUGAUGCAAUUUUAGAAACUUUUACUGUACAUACCAACUUUGGUUACUGUAGAAGUUUUUUGAGAUACGGUACUUUUUAUAUUUUGAAGUUGGUUCAAACCAAAUAAAUGCUCUUUUCAAGCUUGAACAUAAAGUUUAACUGUCUUGAAAGGUUUGAAUUUUAUUUUAAACACUUCAAUAAAAUUAGAAGACCUCCCUAUUCCAAUAAAAUCGUGCGAAUUUGCGACUUUCCUUUACCCGGAACCCACUGAAAAGUAAGUGAUUCUUCCGUUUUUUCUCAUCGGUUCAAAAACCAAUCUUUUAGAUAAUCGCUGAAUUAUUUAGCUGUUUGGUUGUUUCUUUGGAAGAUGACAGAAGAGAAAACACAGUUCUUUGCAGGUCAAUCAACAUUUCUUGAACAUAUUUUGUGUUCUUUUGGACUUUUGCAGAAAAAAAAAGAUUUUAAGAAAAUUAUAUUUCACACGAUUCCUUUUGAAGUUUUUAAAGGCUUCUACGAACGGAAAAGGGUUAAAAUAGAACAUUCCACUUAGUCUGGUAUUCCUGGGAAGAAAAUAAUGACACAAAAUAUACAAGGCUCGAAAAAUGGAACCGGGAAAAAAAUCCGAAAUCUAAAGGAGCUUGUGUGCUCCACGGCUAAACUUUCAAUUUGAAAUAUUACAAGACCUUUUUCGUGAUUUUAUGAGCUCUAGGGCUAUGUAUUCGUUUUUCCCGAUUUUCGAAUAAAUGUGCCUGCCUUUUUUUUUAAAUUAUCAAUGGAGCGCAAAAGUUACUGUCAGCUGUUUCCACGUAGAUUUUUUGUGGUUUUUCUAAACUUUUUUUUGUGAAAUGAAUGCAAUUCUCGCAGAUAAUGAAACUCAAAAAAGAAAUUUUUUCUCAUCAGAUUCUAAAAAUCGGAACUUUUUUAAUUUUCACAGAAAUCCUGGCUCAUCUUGCAAUCUUCCCACUACCGAAAUUUCAAAAACCCCUCGGUUGAGUCGCGGCGGGGAUUGAACCUGUGACCCUUUGAACCCUUGACAGGCGCACAACCUGUUGCGCUAUUGCUACAAUAAAGACCGGAAUUUAUAAACUCGAGCUGUAAUUUCAGACAAUUCCCUUCAAGACCCCAGUGCCGCCAGGCGGGUUCGUCUCUCCGCAACGGGUGAAAUUCACGGUGACGCCGUUUCUCUCGGCGGAACGGUUCUCGAUCAACCUGAUGUGCAAAGACGAAUGGCUUUUCCACUUCCGCGUCGACAUGCCAAACACCAACACCAAGUUGAAGGUGCGGAAGUCACUUCCUGAGUUGAGAACGGAAAUUAGCUUUUUGAACAAAUCAGCGAAGCUUCUUGUUGUAUCAAAAACCAGUAGAAACUUCAUAGCUGAUUCACGGCCACCUUGGGACGCUAAGGGGGCGUGUCCUGUCUGCGCUCUCUACGAGCCAGGCGCUAUCUCGUACAUUAUCGUGUCAGGACCCUUUUUUCGAUGGCUCAAGCCAGCCUUUAAUCAGCUAAAUCUUAUAUACGGAGAAAAUUCUGAAAGUUGAUGUUUUAAGGCGGCAAUCAUCCGCAACAGCACGAAAAACCAUGGCGUCUGGCAAACGGAGGAGCGAAACUUUGGAAAAUUUCCCUUCAGUAAGGGAAUCACCCACGACGUGCUCUUCACUGCAUAUGGAAAAAGUGUGGCGGUGGGUUUUGCUGGUUUUUGAAAAAUGGUAGGAAGGUUGGGAGUAGCUUUUAGAGCUUUUCAUGAACUUUUCUUCUGGUUUCAAGGGACUUGAAUUUUAAGGCCUGUGAAAACUUUUGGUGGCCACUUUUGGGUUUUGACAUUUCAAUGGCCACAAUAGUAGUUGGAUUAGUGACCACUUGAGUGGCUAAAAUUAUUGGUCUCUUCAGAGGUCUGAGUGGUGUUACUAGAGCACUGACACGACUAUAGUGACCACUUAGACGCAAAAUAAUGGGUUAAACCGUGCGGCAUUUGAUCACAAAGCCACGCCCCUUUUACUGUGCCUUCGCCGAACUUUUUUGCAUUUCAGUUCUACAUAUUUCCAAAUUUCGUUAUUUAGGUGGUUUAGUGGGCACUUUAGUGUUCUCUACAAGCAUUCUUUGAGGAACUUCUUUAUUGGACACUAGAGUAUUUUCAGAGUAUGGAACUUGGAAAAAAAAAACAAAUACGCAGAAUGGUGGCUUCUAUAAAAGGGGUCAUAGUGGCCACUUUAGUGUACUAUCCAACGAUUCCUUGAGGAACCUCUUUAGUGGCCACUAGAGUUUUUCCCAGUAAAAGAAGCCGUUUUGGCUUUCGAUUAGGGCAACUACAGGACUUCAGCGUCCCCCUAGAAGGGUUAGGGAGAUAAAUCAGUCCCCAUAGGGGGAAUUAAAGUGCCCCCUAGAGGGCAAAAAUUCAAGUGGUCCCUGUAGGAGUUUAGGGUGUGACCCAUAAGCCUCUAAAGCUCUAGUGGUCCCUUUAGGGUUCUUACAAUAAAAAAAGGAAAUGUACAGGUUGACGUCGACGGAAUGCCAUUCGUCAAGUUCACCUACCGAGACGGCGAUGAUCCAAGCAACAUCGACGCGAUUACGGUAGAAGGACAUAUUCUCCUCCAUCGAUUUGAACAUGUCGCUUGA